AUGGUCGAGGAGGAAGCUAAGAGCUUACCUAUGGAGCUGAGUGAGAAGGGGGGUGUGGAGAACAACGGAUUUGUUCAAAAUGAGGCUUUUGAUGACAAGGAGACCAAUACCAGUAGCCGAGAAGAAAUGCCAAAAAUGUGCAUUGUUGGUGUGGACCCAGCGGCUACGGAGGAGCUGGCGUUGAAGCCCUAUGCGGGGAUGCCAAAGGAAGUCUUGCUGAAGUUCUCCAGCCAAGCCCGGUACAGAGUCACCAGGGAGAUUCUCUUCUGGCUCAUAAUCACCGCUGCCAUCGUCCUUGUGUGCGCUACGAUUGCGAUUAUUGCUCUCUCUCCAAAGUGCCUCGAUUGGUGGCAGGCCAGUCCUAUUUAUCAGAUCUAUCCUCGUUCCUUCAAGGACAGCAACAUGGAUGGGAACGGGGAUCUGAAAGGUAUCCAAGAAAAACUGGACCAUAUCACGUAUUUGAAUAUAAAAACCAUCUGGAUCACCUCUUUCUAUAAGUCACCCUUAAAAGACCUUGGAUAUGGAGCUGAAGACUUCUAUGAUAUUGAUCCCAUGUUUGGAUCAAUGAGCGAUUUUGAGAACCUGCUUGCAGCCAUACAUGAUAGAGGGUUAAAGGUGAUAAUGGAUUUAAUACCAAACCACACAAGUGACAAACACCGAUGGUUUCAGUUGAGUCGCAAUCGGACCGGGAAGUACACGGACUACUACAUCUGGCAGGACUGCACGCAGGCUGCUGGUUUGGUCACUCCUCCAAAUAACUGGGUGAGUGUCUUUGGGAACUCCAGCUGGCAGUUUGAUGAUGUGAGAAAGCAGUGUUAUUUUCAUCAGUUUGGGAAAGACCAGCCAGACUUAAAUUUUCGCAACCUUGCUGUCCAACAAGAAAUCCAUGAUAUUAUCAAAUUUUGGCUCGGCAAAGGAAUCGAUGGAUUUAGUUUCAGCGCUCUUAAAUUUCUUUUAGAAGCAACGCAUCUCCGAGAUGAGCCUCAAGUGAACAAGUCCCAGAAUCCAGAGAGUAUCACAGCCUAUUCCCAGCUCUACCAUGACUACACGACCACGCAAGUGGGUAUGCAUGAUAUCAUCCGUAGCUUCCGUCAAACCAUGAAUCAGUUCAGCAGUGAGCCUGGCCGAUACAGGUUUAUGGGUUCAGAUGGUGAUGAAGACAUUGAAGCAACAAUGAUGUAUUAUGGAACAACUUUUAUCCAAGAAGCAGAUUUUCCCUUCAAUUUCAACCUAAUUAACAUGAAAAAUCUAUCGGGUAACAGUAUUUUUGAAGCUGUCAACUUGUGGAUGAAAAACAUGCCUGCAGGAAAAUGGCCGAACUGGGCGGUUGGAAGCCCCAACGCUGCUCGGAUUUCAUCUCGGAUCGGGAAGGAGUACGUCAAUGUUAUGAACAUGCUGAUUUUAACCCUCCCUGGUACUCCUGUAACGUACUACGGUGAAGAAAUAGGCAUGGAGAACAUCGUAUCAGAAAAUGUAAGCGAAGAGCAUAUAAACUCUGAUCCUGUUAAAUCCCCCAUGCAGUGGGAUGGCGAAGUUAACGCUGGUUUUACUGAAGGCAACAGUAGCUGGUUACCUGUUAACUCCGACUACCCAAGCGUCAAUGUCGAAAUCCAGAUGACCUGGUCCAACUCAACCCUGAAUUUGUACAGAGAGCUAACUUUACUUCGCAACAGCGAGCUACCCAUUCAUCGGGGGUGGAUGUGCUACGUCUGGAACGACAGUAAUGUUUUUGUGUAUGUGAGGGAACUGGAUGGGUUAGACAGAGUCUUUAUGAUGGUUCUCAAUUUUGGGCAGGAAUCGACAAUAGACCUGAAAGCUAUAGUUCCUAGCCUUCCAUCCGAAGCUAUUGUAAGACUAAGUACUAAUUUUAGCAAUGCUGGUAAAGCCGUCAAUACCAAACUAAUUAAAACUGAAAUGGGAGAAGGCCUCGUCCUCGAAUAUAAAACAGCAAAGCCUGUUCAUACUAUGGAAGCUUUUCAAGGAAAUUGUUUUGUGGCAGAAAAAGCUUGUUAUUCCAGUGCCUUCAAUUUACUCUAUGUGAACUGUUAAGUGCAGUAGAAUAACCAAGCUUUCAUGUUAAUUUAGGAAAUGUUUGUUUCAGGGAAAUGCUAAAAAAUUUCAGUUUUC